AUGCGUCGCAACGUUCUCACCCUUCGUUUUGAAGCACUUCCGAUGAUGAAUACGUCGAAUGCGAUAACAUUUGCACGGCUUGUGGUAUCUUUCAAUUACUGGGUACUUUUCAACGAGGAAGGUGUGACUGGCAUGUGUGACAAUUAUUCCAAAGACGAGGUACAGUUCCGCGGCGACAAGAGGGUGCUAGACAAUGAACAUGGCAUUCUCAAUUUCGAGUUCAACAGUAAGAUUUUUAAGAGUCGUUUGCGACCACGAAGAUGGAUAAUAGGCGUUCUGAUCUUCCUACUGACAUCCCUGGCUAUCAUAAACACCUACACCACGCAUCAAUUUCGGAUCGUACGGUUUGGAGCUGUUGUCAACGUCACUUCUCAAGAUAACUACGUAGAAUUCAAGGCUUUCUUCACGCCUGUAGCCAACUCCGGCUUCGUAGUACGCAACAAGGGCUGUCGAAUUCCAGCGAUGGAUCCAUACGAUCCAAAAAUCCAGCGUUUCAUUCACAAGGAGGAACCAAUUGCUUGCGAACAUGGAAAUCAUCUGCCGCUAGUCGAUUCGAACAACACAGCGGUGUUCAUAAAUCCAAAGGCGAUACAUCAUUUUUACAACAAAUCGGAGGAUGUCGACUGCUGUUGGCGACCUUUCUGGCGAAUGAAAGACGAGGAUAAUGUUGUUACAUAUGGCAACGAGUGUUUCGCCUUCGAGAAUUCAGUGACCAUCAAGACCGAGUUCGUAAGAAUCGAAUGUUCCCGCAACAAGGAGGUAAUAUACAAGGACUACCACGCAUUCUUGCCCCGUUUCCGUUCGAUUGAAGAGAAGUAUGAGAGAUCAAGAAUUAACGAUCCGAGGUCCGAACACCUCAGCUUGCUGAUAAUUGGCAUUGACUCCGUGUCAAGAAUAAAUUUCCAUCGAAUGAUGCCAAAAACUGUCGAGGCUCUCCAAAAGCUUGGCGCUGUAGAAAUGUUAGGCUACACAAAGGUAGCUGACAACACGUACCCAAACUUGGUGCCUGUCUUGAGCGGUUUGUCAGAGGAGGAGUUGCACGAUGUAUGCUGGCAAACCAAAGAUAAAUCAUUUGACGAGUGUCCAUUCAUUUGGAAAAACUUCAGCAAAGCCGGCUAUCGCACUGUUUUCGGCGAGGACGCCUGUGGUAUGACAACGUUCAACUAUCUAAAACCGGGUUUCCGGGUCCAACCAACCGAUUAUUAUUUGAGGCCAUUCUGCAUCGCUUCGGAAAAAGACAUUGGGAACACGCAUAAAUUAAACGCGAAUCUUUGCGUGGGGACCAGGAAAACGUUCGACAAUUUGCUAGGCUAUAGUCGGAAAACUGCUACGGAAUUCGCUAAAGAACCGUACUUCGCGAUGACCUGGCAAGCCAGUUUAACCCAUGACUUCUUCAACUACCCACAAUUAGGCGAUAACUCUUAUCACGACUUGGUAACGUAUUUGUCUAACGAACAGUUACUCAACAACACAGCACUGAUCGUAAUGAGCGACCAUGGAAUGAGAUGGGGUAGCUUUCGUGAGACCUAUCAAGGUAGAAUGGAAGACAGUCUUCCGUUCGUGUUCAUCGUGUUGCCAAGCUGGUGGAAGGAUAAGUAUCAAAUAGCCUGGGCGAAUCUUCGGAGAAAUUCACGUAGCUUGACAACAGCUUUUGACCUGCACGAAACUUUGCUGGACCUGCUAAACUCGAACAACCUCGCGGAACCAACCCUGAAAGAUCGCUUCAAACUGCUGUCGGCGGCAAAAAGUGUGCCACGCGGGAUUAGCUGGUUCCUACCGAUUCCUGACUACCGAACCUGCAGCAUGGCAGGCAUAGCUAGUCAUUGGUGCAUGUGCCAUAAUUACACCAACGUACCGCCAAACGACAAAAGUCUUGAAGACAGAGCCGUUUUUUUGGUGAAAGAACUUAACGAGAUGUUGAAGAAGUUCACGCAAUGUGCGGUUCUCAAGCUGAAAGAGGUUAGAGCCGCAGAAGCAUGGAAAGACAAAAAUGAUCGGUCUGAUCUUGUUGACUAUACGAUCACGAUACAAACGGAACCUGGUGACGCUAUAUUCCAGGGAACGGUACGAGACAGAGGUGGGAAUAAUACUAGUAAAUUGGUUGGUUCUGUCAGCAGAUUAAACGCAUACGGCAAACAGAGCGCUUGCGUUGAUGAAUUCAAUAUGAGACUGUAUUGUUACUGCCUGUAG